AUGUCGGGCCGCGUCGUUCUGGUGACGGGCGGGAACCGCGGCAUCGGCCGCGAGAUCUGCCGCAAGCUGGUGGCCGCGGGCGACAAGGUGUUGCUGACGAGCAGAGACGUUGCGGCGGGCAGUGAAGCAGCAGAAGCGAUCGAGAAGGAGGUUGGUGUGAAGGGUGGCUGCGAGGUUCUGCACUACGAUGCACUGGACUCCCAAAGUGCGGAGCUGUUGGUGGCUGCCGUGGCUGCAAAGUACAGUGGCAAGGUUGACGGAUUGAUAAACAACGCUGCUGUCACAUUUCGUGAGCGCUGGGAUGCAGAAAGCUUCCAAAUCGGAAAGACGACAAAUGUUGAUGCUCCAGUGGCUUUGACACAAAAGCUGUCUCCACACCUUGCUCCAGGGUGCCGGAUCGUGAUGGUGUCCUCGGGGCUUGGCCAACUGGCGGAGAUCCCUGUGGAGAGCCAGUACUACUCCGGCAUGGCAUCGGCGGCGACAGUGGAGGACUUGAGCGCCUUCCGCUUCCUAGAGAACGAUGCGAUGACGGACCCUCCUUGCAUACUAGCGCCUGGUAGGAAGAACCCGGUGUACAGGCUCACCAAGGCGAUGCUAAAUCGGGCCACCCAGAUUUUUGCCCAAGAUGCAUCGUUUGUCGAGAGGAACAUCAGCGUCAAUGCAGUCACCCCCGGCUGGUGUAGGACCGACAUGGGCGGACCGGAUGCCGAGCGAUCUGUGGAGCAGGGUGCUGACGCAGUCAUAUGGGUUCUCAACCACCCGGAUCCCAGCCCCACUGGGAAGUUUUUCAGAGAUGGCAGGAGCAUCGACUGGUAG